AUGGACAAAAUUCCUUCAGCGACAGCGAAAAGCAACAAAGAGAAGUUUUGUCUCAGGCCAUCAGAAACUCAAAAAAUUAGGUUUAGAGUUCAUCAUAGAGGUUAUUUUGUGGACACCCCUGCGAAACUGUAUGUAGUCGGGUUAAUUUUAGAAAUGAAUUGGAAAUGGAAUGUUGACUACCUGUCCUAUUUUGAGUUGUUGGAAUUGAUUAAAAAAGAUGGGUAUAGAGACAUUAUGUGUAUUUGGUAUUGGAACCCUAGGUAUAGUUUUACUCGUGGCCUUAGAAAGAUUAAGGGCAAUGGUGAUGUGUUGCGACUAAUUAGGGAUGUUGAUGGAUGUGAGGUAGUGGAUUUGUAUGUUGAGCAUAGUAUUAGUGUACCUGACAUUGUAGAUGAUGCAGAAGUAGGACAUGACAUAAUUUCUGAUGAUGACGACGUUCAAUGUACUAGUGAGAAAUUUGUUGAUGAUGAGGUGGAAGUAGACAAUAAUGCUGAAGCAGUUGAUGAUGCUGAAGUAGGUGAAGUGAACAAUGAUGUUGAAGUGGGUGAUUGUGAUGGUGUUGAAGUGAGUAUUGAUGUUGAAGUGAGUGAUGAUGAUGGUGUUGAAGUGGAUAUUGAUGCUGAAGUGGGUGAUGGUGGUGGUGUUGAAGUGAAUAUUAAUGCUGAAGUGGGUGAUGGUGUUGAUGUGGAUAAUGAUGCUGAAGUGGGUGAUGGUGUUGAUGUGCAUAAUGAUACUGAAGUAGGUGAUGGUCAUGAUGACAAUGGACCUGAGUUAGAUAGUGAAGAAGAGUUGGAGAGUGAACUUGAGUUGGAUUAG